GGGAGUCCUUGUUUCAUUAAUAAUGAUGAAAGCCUUAUGUGUUGCUGUUGAAAUUCCUGCAUUGAAACAACAAUAGCCGCUUUAGCGACGGUGCUAUUAAAUGUAAUAACGCAUUAACUCUUGACCUCCAUCAUCUCACACCUCAGAAUGGUCAAGUCAAAGGCAAAGGAGGUCACGCCUCAUGGAAUUGUCCACCUGGUGAAAUGGGAGCGGAAAAAAAACCACUCGAGGGGUGAAAGGUCGGUGGGUGCCAGACAAACGGACGAACCCACGGAAAUCAGUGCAGUCUUCACCAACAAAGUUGCCUACCAACUUGAAGCAGCCUUCAGAAGAUUUGAUGCAUAGGUUCUCUCAAGAAUUUCAUGUGGGCCAUGAAGAACUAGGCAGCAUCAAUCCCAUGCGACUUCCGAAGGCCCGAGGAAAGAAAAAGAGGAUGACCAUGACAAGUCAAAUACAACCUCCGAUGUCUAAAUUAGUGUACUUACCGAGUCUUUCGAUUGUUCCGGCCAGCACGGCGCCGUAUGAUGAUCUAUCCCAUCUACUUAUCCGUUCGUACAAGAUCAUGUUCAUUCAAGCUUCGUACAUACAAGCGUGUCGACAGUCAUCGUGGAUUGAACGUCGAGCUCAGUCUCGUGCAUGUCGGCUGAUACGGCUGGUUGUCGUAUACUGGUACUGUGCAAUCAACUAUAUUCUGACCUUGCUUGCAUAAGCACUCAUGACAUUAGUCCUCUCUCAACUGUGCAAUCCUCGCCUCUCCUUCACAAUCUUUAAUCAGAACCGUCUGGUUCUCAAACGCCGUCCCCUUUGCCAGCAAAUAUAAGCUCUGUUGAUCAUCCCAUCCCAACGGGACGUUCGAGUCCACCUGGAAGUCGGUCCAAACAUACAUGAACCUAGACAUGAGCCCACAAGCCAUUGGAACGCCCACAGCAGCAUUGUACCACAAGAGUGCAACAACGAGCGCCAGGAAGAUCAUGGCAUGGUGGAAUGCGCAGUCGGCCCAGUGAGCAAAGC